AUGGAGUUUCAAAGGAAAAUGAGUACCAGUCAAAGAGAAGCUGCACAACGAGCGACGGAAGAAAUCAACCUCACUGCUCCUAGCGAUGUUACCGCUACUACUAUCGAUCCUGGUUCAACACCGAGGAGAAAAGGUUCUAAGGAUAUGCUCACUACAGUAUCGCAUAAAAUGGAUGAUGCCAGAGCUGAUCUCGUGCAGAAAAAAGAAAAAGCCAAGAACUACAUAGUCGAUAAGCUGACAUAA